UAUCAUGCAUUAAGCGUACCGAUCCUUAUUCACCUCCGCUUUGCAUUUCAAAACAUCUCAUAAAAUUCGUCUCGUUGCAGGUUUUCUUUUAUUUUUGGUUUUCCUUUGGUUUGCUUUCCCGGGUCUCCAUCAGCCAGCAGUUGUUGUUAGUGGAAGCCGGCGCUCUGAUCGAUCUUGCAAGCACCACAUCAUCAUCACAACUCUAACUCCGAUCAUCUGAACCGGAUUCGCGACGCAACUGGCGGGAACCAUGUCCGAUCAGCAGCAGUAUUUCCUCAAAUGGAAUGACUUUCAAACCAACAUGGUGACAUCGUUCCGGCAUCUUCGAAAUGAGAAAAGUUUUACCGAUGUAACACUGGCAUGCGAAGGGCAGACGUGCAAAGCGCACAAGAUGGUGCUAUCAGCCUGUAGUCCCUAUUUCAAGUCGUUGCUAGAGGAAAACCCCUCCAAACAUCCGAUCAUCAUCCUGAAGGACGUGUCUUACAGCCACCUGCAGGCAAUCCUAGAGUUUAUGUACGCUGGCGAGGUCAACGUUUCCCAGGAACAACUGCCGACGUUUUUGAAAACCGCCGAUAGACUGAAAGUGAAGGGUCUCGCAGAGACCCCGACGAAUAUCAAGCGAGAGGGUUAGGAUGGGAAGAUGACUGAGGUGUGUUGUUGCGUUAGGCCGUAAUCUUUCGUCUCCGUAAUUGUGCUAGGCUCGCCUCUAAAAUCUCCAAUACAAACAAAUCCGCUGAAAUUUGUCUUUGAACAACAGUUCCGCAAAUACUGACUUGUGCAGUAAUCAACAGUUCCCCAGGAUUUCUGUGAGAAAACCACGAGUCAUGCAAAAAAUAUUAGAAAAUAAAACAGUUUACUUUUCGCUUAACCAAUAUACCCAGACCCAUAUACGCAUAAGAUAGACGAAAGAUAGUGAGCGAGCGACCGUGCGUAUAGUAAGAAUAUUAAAGUUAAACUAUAAUUAUAUACAAACAAAAAAAAACACAUACUAUCGCGGAAAAAAGGGAACAGUACCCCAAAUUCUGCAUCAAUUUUUAGUUUUCACUACCGUUGAUAACGGUUAAUUCCAAAACAUCAACGAUUAUUGAAGACAAGAGCAAUUAUCUUCCUAAAAAAAUAUUCGAUUGUUUGAUAUAGUUGAGAUGAAGCACUUUUUUCCAUUAUGUCUUUGCGUAGCCAAAAAUGGUUUGAACUACAUUACAUCGCCUUCAAGUAUGAGGUUGAUUGGCGUAGAUAAAACGUAGGUAAUGGCAAUAGAGAUCAAAGCUCCAGUUCUGCAGCUUUUUUUU